GAGGAAAAAACAAAACAAAACAAAACAAAAAAAACCACAUGAGAUUCCUUUAAGGAAAUCCCGGGGCUGAAGAGGUGGCCGCAGCGCCAGUGGCAUCCAGCGCCCCCCUCUGCGGGAGCUGCGAGCGGAGGACCUGCUCACCAGUUGCAGAUGCGAUCCCGGAAACUCCUGGGUCUGUCGGUGUGUUGGACACACGAAGUCUUUUCCUCCUUUGGCUCAGACCCCGAAGAGGCGGCUGGAUUUUGCUGUCAUCCUACCGCAAGCUGGCUGUUCCUCCCCGGGAGCCUUCCCCCAGGAGCUGGCAGAGCGAUGAGCCGGUCUGCGCGGUCUGCGCGGAGGGUGGGCACAGGGCGCCGGCGGGAGAGGAGAGGGUGGCCCGGCGGCCGGCCGGGAGGCGGCGGCGGCGGCGCCGGGGCGCAGCGCUUCCUGCUCGGGCUCCUCAUGCACGCGUGGCUGUGGGCGGCCUCGGGCUCCUCCGCCCAGGUGUUCCACCUCAGCCUCUCCGUGGACGAGGGGCUUCCCCCGGACACCCUGGUCGGCGAUAUCCGCGCCGGGCUGCCGGCGGCGCAGCAACAGGAGGCGGGCGGCUUCUUUCUGUCCGAGGAUUCCCACGACUCCCCGCUGCUGGACGCCUUCCACGUGCAUCCGGACACCGGCAUCAUCCGCACGGCCCGGAGCCUGGACCGCGAGCGGCGGGACCGCUACAGCUUCGUGGCCGCCACCCUGCUGGGCGCCGUGGUGCAGGUGGAAAUCUGCGUCAACGACGUCAACGACCACUCGCCCCGCUUUCCCCGGGACUCCCUGCGGCUGGACGUCUCCGAGCUCAGCCCUCCCGGCACGGCCUUCCGCCUGCCGGGUGCCCACGACCCGGACGCGGGGCUGUUCAGCACGCAGGGCUACACUCUCCUGCAACCGUCCGACCUCCCCGAGGAGGACCCCGCAGGACCCUUCUUCCGGUUGCGCUACGGGACCCCCGGGUCACCGCCACCAUCGCCCCUGGAGCCCCUGGACCUGGUGCUGCUGCGGCGCUUGGACCGAGAGACGGCCGCGGCGCACGAGCUGCAGAUCGAGGCGUGGGACGGGGGCCGCCCGCGGCGCACAGGCCGCCUGCGGGUGGAGCUGCGCGUGCUGGACGAGAACGACAACCCCCCGGUGUUUGAGCAGGACGAAUACCGCGCCGCCGUGCGCGAGGAUGCUCGGCCGGGCGCCGAGGUCUGCCGCGUGCGCGCCACGGACCGGGACUUGGGGCGCAACGGCCACGUGCGCUACCGCCUCCGCUCCCGCCAGGCGUCCGGGCCGCCGGGGGACGCAGCCCACUUCUCCGUGGACCCGCUGAGCGGCGCGGUGCGAGUGCAGAGGCCGCUGGAUCGCGAGGCCCAGGCCUGGCACCAGCUGGUGGUGGAGGCCCGCGAUGGGGGUGCGGAGCCCGAAGUGGCCACGGUGCGGGUGUCCAUCGCCGUGCUGGACGUGAAUGACAACCGCCCCACCAUUCACCUGCUCUUCCUCACCGAGGGGGGCGCAGCGCGAGUCUCCGAAGGCGCCAGGCCUGGCGACUACGUGGCUCGAGUGUCAGUUUCCGACGGGGACAAAGGUGACCCGGAGAAGGAGGAGGAGGCAGCUGGGGAGUUUGAUCUGAGCCCUGGGGACAGGACCAUCUCUCUGACCUUGGAAGGCACAGAGGGGGCCUUCGCGCUGAGGCCUGGCGGCUCCCCGGGGGUGUUUUUCCUUUGCGUCGAGGGCCCCCUGGACAGGGAAAGCCGAGACCUGUAUGAUUUGCGGCUGGUGGCCACCGAUGCGGGGUCUCCACCGCUGAGCACGGAGGAGACACUGCUGCUCCGGAUCUCCGACCUCAACGACCAGCCGCCCCUCUUCAGCCAGGAGCAGUACCAGGCCUCAGUGUCCGAGGCCGCGGCCCCUGGCACCGCCGUCCUGUGGGUGAGCGCCUCCGACGCGGACGAGGCUGGCACCGGCCACGCCACGCUGCGCUAUGCGCUGGUCCACCUCCCCGGGCGCUGCAGCCCAGAGGCUCAGCUGUCUACUGUGGCGGAGUGCGGACCAUCCUUCACCAUAGAUCCAGACACCGGCCUGAUCAGCACUAUCCGGGUUCUGGACCGAGAAGUUCAGGAGGCUGUCGAGCUGCGAGUGGUGGCCCGAGACCUGGGAGAGCCCCCGCUGUCUGCGACCUGCCUGGUGAGCAUCACCGUGAGUGAUGUGAACGACAACGAGCCCAUCUUCUGGAGGCAGGUGUAUAACGCCACCCUUCUGGAGCACGCCCAGAUGGGACACUGCUUUCUGCAGGUGAGUGCCUCGGGCCUGUGGAUCAGAGGAGAAGGGAUGGAGUGGCUGUGUGUCUGUCCAGGGAAGGAGAAUUGGGAUGCGGUGGUCGUGGUCAUAUCCCAGCUUGAUAUCGGGGAACAGGGGUUCUAG